AUGCUCAUUCGAGAUCGUGAGAAUCUUCGAUUUCAGUUCUAUGACGUCGUCAAACGAGGGCACGUGUUAUUGAUUGUGGGUAAUGAUGUGGAUGCACUUUGCGCGGCUACAAUAUUAACCAAGCUGUUCGCUUGUGAUGAUGUCCCGUUCUCCAUUGCUACUGUAUCCGGCUGGGAGGCAUUGGAAAGGACUAUAGAUGAGCAUGCAGACCAAGAAACCUCUAUUGUUCUAUUAAAUUGUGGUGUGAAUCAGGAUUUAGAUUUCCUAUUACAUAAGAAUCAAGAAGAGACUUCACGGAAUCAGAAGAUUUAUGUGAUUGACUCCAGAAGACCUAUCUGCCUUGAGAACGUAUAUAAUCAAGAACAGGUAGUUGUCCUUCUUGAUGCGGAAGAAGAAUCAUCGUUGAACAUCCCAACUGCUGAAGAAAUAUACCCUCCAGAUUCUGAUGAUGAAUCAGACGACGAAGUUGAUGAAAACGAUGAAAACCGACCAAACCGUUUUGAAACAUUACAAAAGAAAAUUUUAAAACAGGAAGUGAGAAAAAAAUGGGAGAGAAAUCGAAACAACUUGAUGUGGAACUACUACGAGAAAACCUGGCAUUCGAUGGCGUCAUCAGUAAGAAUGCUUGAGCUGGCUGCUGCUUUGAAUCGAGUGAGCUCGGAGCAUAUGUGGGUUGCUGCAGUUGGUUUGAACAGUCAAUGGACAGAUAGAUUGAUAUCCACUGAAAUGUACACUUCGAUUUGUAUAGAUAGGAUGAGGCCCUUCAUAUACAGAUUCUCCCCAAAGAAUACUCCGAAAGCUGACGAUGUUCUUAGAAUAUCAUUCGAGAAAGAUCUUCCGCUGGCUAUGUAUUCGCAUUGGUCCUUGUAUCAGGCAAUGAUGGUCAACGAACUGUUUGCGUGUAGAACUAAGAACUGGACCCAACGAGGUGAUGCUGAAGUUAAACACCUACUCGCCGGAUUGGGUUUAACACUGAAUGAAACAAAGCAAAAGUAUGAAGCGAUGACAACAGAAAGGAGGAAAGAAGUGUUCAACACCUUGGAACAAGACAUGAAGUCUACGUUUGCCUCUUUCAUUGCUCAUCUCGGAUACUGCAGUAGAAUCACCUCUGCUGAUCUAGCGAGAGCUCUAGCAGUGAAAUUGGAAACACCUGCAGCUCUCUCGUUGACCGAACGGUUCACAAACGCUAAGGAAAUUCUUCUACCUUUCCUCGAGCCAAGUGGAGAUUUCCUGUCCAUGAGAAAAGCAUUCGACUCUUAUAAGGGUUCUUUGGAAGUUGUGUGGACAAUGGUAUCCAAUGCAGUCAACCAAUCGGAGAUUCUUCCUACUGGUCCUUUCUACUUGUUCUCUUCAUCGCGAGAAUUAGACAGUGAUCUCUUGGAAUCGCGACAUUUCCUGUAUAACUUCUGUCAUUUUCUCUUGAAAGCUUUCGCAGUAUCAGGACGAGGACGGGGUCGAAAGCCUUUGAUCGUUUCCUUCCCCUUAACGGGUGAGAGAAGAGGCUAUCAUUUAGUAUCAGGCAUCAUGCCGCUGGAUACUGUCUACGAAGAUAGUAUCAACAAAUGCUUAAUCGGAAGAGUCUUCAAAGAAGUCAGCAGAAAGAAUGGAAUGCAAGAAGCCUUGAAACUCGAUCAUUUUGAUGAAAACAUCAUACAAUUGCGAUCAUCAGAUCGUUCUAGGUUCUUCGAUCUUCUGCAAACAGUCAUGGGUUCUACAUAA